AGAAUGACCAAAUGCAAGACAAUCUUCAGACGUAGGUAAUCUGUCAACCAAGAGGGUCCAAGGAUGAAGCUCCGUGUUUCCAUGGUGAUGGUUUUGUUGCUAGGGUUAACCAGUGCUCAGACCACUGAUGUUACACCAGAUGUCUUCACCCUCAACGCAGGAGCGUCUUUGUCAACAGUUCUCAAGGCAGUGACAGCGACCCCAUCCACGACCACUCAAGUAGCAGAAUGCCAUUCAGUGCCUGCUGAUCUGGUGUUUCUUCUGGACUCUUCGGGCAGCGAGGGGGCCACAAACUUCAAGGACCAGUUGACCUUUGUCUCCAAUAUUGUGGACAAAUUCGACAUUGGACCUGACAAAGUGCAGGUGAGUGUUGCCACGUUUGAAACCACUGUAAACAACGCCUUCUGGCUUGACGACUACACCAACAAAGCCGAUGUUCUCAAUGCCAUCAAGAAAAUCCAAUACGGAGGUGGCACAACAGCCACCGACCAAGCUCUGACGCAUGCGCUGCAGGAAAGCUUCUCGGACGCCCAUGGAGCGCGGAACAACUCCAACAAAAUUAUUUUUGUUUUGACCGAUGGUCAGUCCACGAAACCUGCACUGACGGCAGAUGCAGCUAAUAAGAUCCAUAACACCAACAUCCGCGUCAUCGCCAUCGGCAUUGGCUCCAGUAUCUCCUCUUCCGAACUGGACACCAUCGCCACCGACAAACAGCAUGUAUACAGAGUGGCCAAUUUCAGCGGCCUCGCCGACAUUGAGAAAGAGGUGGAACAACAGACGUGCAAAACCGAGGGAUUAGUCUGCAAAUCAACCCCCGCCGACAUCUUGUUCCUGCUGGACGCUUCCGCUUCCGAGGGGACUAACAACUUUGAUAAGCAGCUGAACUUUAUAAAGAAUUUCACGAAGGACUUCACCAUCGGCCCUGACGCCGUCCAGAUCGCACUGGCGACAUUCUCCACCACGACAACGCCCGCGUUCUGGUUCAACGACUACGACACUAGCACAGAUCUUAUGAAUGCCAUAGACAAGGUCAAAUAUUUAGGUGGCAACACCCACACAGAGUCGGCUCUCAAACUUGGUGAGACGGCAUUCACAGCAGCUAACGGUGCCCGGAAUAACUCCAACCACCUCAUCAUCAUCCUCACCGACGGCCAGUCGUCAGAUAAAACACAGACCAAAGCAGCAGCCAACAGCGUCCACAACGCCGGUACUCAGGUCAUCGCCAUCGGCAUCGGUAACAGCAUUGACCAACAGGAGAUCAAAGACAUCGCCUCCGGGGACGGCGACCAGAACGCCUUCGCCGUGGCCGACUUUGACGCCCUGCAAACCAUCGAGAAAGAGAUCCAAAGUCAGACAUGUAAAACACAAACGGCGUGCAGCUCACGGCCGGCGGAUGUCGUGUUUCUGUUGGACACAUCCAGCAGUGAAGGGUCAGAAAACUUCAAGAAGCAGCUGAACUUCGUCAACAACUUCGCCCGCGAGCUGAACAUCGGACCAAACAACGUGCAGCUUAGUGUCGUAACGUUUGCGACUAACGUCAAGAAUGAGUUCUGGUUGAACAACUUUACCACAAAAGCCGAUCUGCUCAACGCAGUCCAGAACGUGCAGUACCGCCCGGGAAUUACGGAAACAGGAGAGGGACUCAAGUUUGUUGGGGCGAACAGUUUUCUACCACAACAUGGCGGCCGCCCCGACGCUCAACAAGUGGUCAUUGUCGUCACCGAUGGUGAAUCUCAGCAGAAGUCGGUCACAGCCAAUGAAGCGGAGAAGCUCCAUAGUGCCGGUAUCAAGGUCAUAUCGGUGGGCAUCGGUACGAGCAUCGACAACGGAGAACUCACGGCUCUUGCCAGUGAUCCUUCUUUUGUGUUCAGAGUGGCAGAUUUUGAUGCUCUGCAGAAGAUCGAGACAGAGAUACGACAGACUACAUGUAAGGCUCCACAAACAGCAUGCAAGUCUGACCCUGUUGACAUCGUGUUCCUCCUGGACUCAUCCUCAAGCGAGGGGUCCAUCAACUUCAAGAAGCAACUCGAAUUUGUCAGCAACUUCGUCGACGGCUUUGACAUUGGUCCUGAUAGCGUACAGAUCGGUGUUGUCACCUUUUCAACAGCUGUCACCAACCGCUACUUCCUAAACGACUACAACAGCAAAGCAGCGUUAAAAGCUGCAAUCACCAGCAUCCCCUACACUGGAGGUAACACAGUCACUGGAGACGGAUUGGAGUUUAUACGGACAAACUCUCUCAGCGCUGCCCAUGGUGCCCGGGCUGAUGCCCGUCAGGUAGUGAUUGUGAUGACCGACGGUCAGUCCCAGCUGCCCGCAUAUACCAAGGAGCAAGCCAAGUUGUUGCAUGACAAAGGCGUCAAGGUCAUUGCCGUGGGGAUCGGUAAUGGAAUCGUCUCAACUGAAUUAAACAACAUAGCCAGCGACAAGCAGCAUGUAUUCAUGGUUACAGGUUUCGACGCGCUGCACACUAUCGAGACGGAGCUACAGCUGAAAACAUGUAACAAGCUUGUUUGUGCCUCCUCCGCUGCCGACAUCGUCUUCGUUCUCGACUCCUCUUCGAGUGAAGGACUUACUAACUUCAAAAAACAGGUUACAUUCGUCCAGAAGUUCGUGGACCAGUUUGACGUGAGCUCCACGGCAGUGCAGUUCAGCAUCGUUGUCUUCUCAACUGCCGUGUAUCCUCAGUUCGACCUUGACAAGUACGCCAGCAAGGCUGCCCUGCUCGCUGCCAUCAAGAACGUCGAGUACCACACCGGCGUCACCUACACCGGCAAAGCCCUCCUCUACGUCAACCAGACAACGUUGACGACGGCUCACGGUGCUAGGCCUUCUGCUGCCAAGAUCGUGAUCGUCAUCACCGAUGGGCAGUCAUCGAGUCGAUAUGAUACACAACAUGAGGCUAACGUCUUGCACAAGGCUGGAGUUGAGGUUAUGGCUAUCGGUAUAGGUAUUGGAGUGAACCAUGUGGAACUUGACCGCAUCGCCAGCGACGCUAAGCACGUCUUCUCAGUCACCAACUUCGAUGCUCUCAAAACCAUUCAGAACGAGCUACAGCAGACUACAUGCGCUGUUCAGGGAACAGCAGUCCCAGCAACAACAAAACCUCGUCCAUGUCCAGUAUCCGAGAAGGCUGAUGUCAUCUUCCUCCUGGACGCUUCCAGUAGUGAGGGGAGUUCAAAUUUCCAAAAGGAACUAGACUUCGUCUCCAAAUUUGUCAACGACUUCGACAUUGGCCCAGAUCACAUGCAAUUCGGGGCUAUCCGGUUCAGUACCUCCGCCUCACUUGUGUUUGACCUUAACUCCCACACAACAAAGGCAUCCCUUCAGAUGGCAGUCGCUUCCAUAUCCUACACGGGCGGCACCACCUACACCGACAAGGCUCUGGCUCUGGCUCGUGGAACUGGCUUUACUUCUACUCAUGGUGCUCGACCUGACGCCAAGAGAUACGUCAUUGUCAUCACAGAUGGAGAGUCCAUGUCGCCGACUCAGACAUUAACAGCGGCAACUAACUUGAAGAAUGACGGUGUCAGUAUCAUCACUAUCGGGGUGGGGACACAGGUGCGCCAGUCCGAGCUGGACGGGAUGGCGACGGACAAGACACAUGUGUUCACGGUGAAGGACUUCAAUGUGCUGCAGACCAUCCAUAAAGAGGUUCAGAAGAAAACGUGCACAGAUGCCGGACUACCCCUGACCACAACGAUGCCAUAAACACCACGUGAAGCCAUAGCUGUGUAAAAUUUGAAAGAAAUAUAAAGAUUUAAAUGCA